GCUCGACUUUGCAGGCUUAACAACUCUGCGGUAUAUCAGAAGCCCACUAAACGUUGUUCACGCAACUUAUACAGGCUGGAUCUUAUUCCGAGGAUGUAUUUCAACCACGAGCAACAUAAGAUGGCCGUGUUUCACCCAAGGGCUGGAGACCACAUGCACUACCCGGACUUCGUUACGGGUGCGCAGGCGCGGUCAACCGAAAGCGAAGAAAACAGAGGACCGCUCAUCUUGGGCACAAUCUGCGCAGUCACGGCUCUGAGCACCUUGUUCAGCGCGGGUCGCCUGCUGGUGCGUGGCAAGCUCAAGGGCCGGCUUUUGCUUGACGACUACUUUAUAGCUAUUUCAGUGUUAUGCACCUGGCUUACUGUCGUGUUUCAGUUCAUGGCGGUGCGCUCCGGAAACGGGCGGCAUCUUCAUGCCCUGACGCCUGAGCAACGCGAUGGAGUAGCGCACUGGACCAUCAUAGGCUUCGUGCCCGGUAUCAUGUCCUUUGCGACGCCUAAGUUAGCCACGAUUGAUCUCCUCUGCCACAUACUUCUGCCAUCGCGGAACCACCGCGUAUUCAUGUGGCUGCUCGGCUGGACCUGCUGGAUACAGCUCAUGGUCACGGUUGUCUUCCUGUUUGUUAAGUGCGACGGGGCACAUCCGACACCGGCCGAUUCAGUUCUGGUCAGCCCUGCCGCAGCCAUGCAGGAGGGCUGCUUGGAUCCGUGGGUCAACAUCAAUUAUGAUGUUUACACUGGAGCGUUCUCUGCCUUCGUCGAUCUGUACCUUGCAGUCUACCCUACGGUCGUACUAUGUAAACUGCGGCUGAGUAUCGGCAAGAAGAUUGGUCUCAGUAUUGCGUUGGGCUUUGGCUUCGUGUCCACUGUCGUCGCGAUCUACAAAUGCACCAUGAUACCAUCGCUGGAAUCUCCCGACUUUUCAUACGACUCGUCGACGCUGGUUAUUUGGACAUGUGUCGAAGGUAGUACAAUCAUUAUCGCCGCGUGCAUCCCGAUCCUCAAACCCUUACUCGAUCUUGCCCGAGCUGGCUGCAGCCAAGCCACAGCCUCAGUGUGCGGCGGCUUCCCAUCACGACACCGAACGGUCUCGACCGGGGCUGAGCCAGGUGGUAAGAAUUACCGUCGCAGACAGCAGGCAGAAGAAGAUGACGACUUAGGCCACAGCCUGUUCCGAUUGGGAACAAGGACCGGCGUCAUUGCUGGUGGCCCAACUCGAGGACACCUGGAGCCAGAUAGAAUUCCAGACGCACGACUGAAAGCGAGCAGCUUCUCGCACCAACAUCAUUGCCGCAGUCGGCACGAUCAGCACGACUCGAACAAGGGAGCCAAGGAUGCUGUCAUUGGCCUUUGCUCGACAUCGAGCCAGGACUCUAUCCUGCGUACAGGCAGUGCCAGCGAUGAAGCAGAUACGGAAGACACGGAGCGGGGUGGAGACGUCCACAACCAAGCACAGCAACCAGCGACAUUAUCGAGCGCAGACGCAACCAAGAACUCUGACAUGGUGCUUCAGCAUGGAGGAAUCAUGAGAACUGACAGCAUCGAGAUAUCUUUCAAGCCGGCAAGUGUACAUGAAGGUCAUGGCUGCGAGGUAGCCCGAGCGUUGUGAGGUGAGCACGCGGCGGAACAUUCUCAUAUCAUGCUCGUCUAUUAGUUUGUGGCCGGGGUAUGGCCCAUUUCUUGUGUGUGGGGGUAUGGAAGGGCAACCUUGACCAGGCAGGUCAUCGGACAGACUUGUGCAAUUCAUUGCCAUAGUAACCUAAGCAAUGCAUGCGUGGUGGAAUUUCUGCUGAUGUACAAGGGCACGUCAGAUCCAUAGAGCCCCCAAACUCCUGAGCAUUAAAAGCACGACGCGAGGAGGAAGCAAAUGAAACAUUGGCCUGGCGGCUUCGCCUACUUGACGCU